CUCUGAUCCUGCAACGUCACGCGCUCCAGGAUUUAAGGAUGCGACAGAAAUCUCACGGGUGAAUGGGCGGCAUGAACCGGUGGGAGUGGCGGCUAUGCUCCAAUUCAAUCUAGAUUCCGGGGUCACCAACUUACUUAAGAGUACGUGGAUCCCCCUUCCCGUUCUUACUUUUACUCAAUUGUCUCUACCUUCAUAGUUCUACCACAAUGCUCAGUGCACAGGAAGUAGCAAAGCACAAUACCCGCGACGACUGCUGGGUCAUUGUCAAUGGGAAAGCCUACGAUGUGACAGAGUUCCUACCUGAACAUCCAGGCGGCCCAAACAUCAUUGUCAAGUACGCUGGACGGGAUGCAACAGCUGCUUACGAGCCCAUUCAUCCAAAGGGCAUCAUUGACGAGAACCUGACGAAGGAUAAGCAUAAGGGCGAUGUCGACAUGACGGGUGUCACACGCGAAGAAGAAGUGGUGGAUGCAGAUGAACAGGCACGCAGGCAACGUGAAGCCAACAAGCCUGGUCUCGGCGAAUGUUUCAAUCUCAUGGACUUUGAAGCGGUUGCUAAGCAAGUCAUGAAGAAACCAGCAUGGGCGUACUACUCAUCUGGCGCAGAUGAUGAAAUCACCAUGCGCGAGAACCACUCUUCUUACCAAAAAUUGUGGUUCAGGCCGAGAAUCCUGAUUGAUGUGGAAGAGGUGGAUAUCUCCACCACCAUGCUCGGUACCAAGGUCUCGAUUCCCUUCUAUGUCACUGCAACGGCACUUGGCAAAUUGGGUCAUCCAGAUGGCGAGACGGUCUUGACGCGUGCUGCAAAGACGCACGAUGUCAUUCAGAUGAUUCCAACUCUUGCGUCUUGCAGUUUCGAUGAAAUUGCAGAUGCAGCACAACCAGGCCAAACACAAUGGCUACAGCUCUACGUCAAUAAGGACCGCAAGAUUACGGAAAAGAUUAUUCGGCAUGCAGAGGACCGUGGGUGUAAAGGACUCUUCCUGACAGUGGAUGCACCACAACUUGGACGUCGUGAGAAGGAUAUGCGUGUCAAGUUUGCUGAUAACGCGCAUCAUCAGACUGGCGAUAGCAGUGUCGACCGUUCACAAGGUGCUGCUCGCGCCAUCAGUUCCUUCAUUGACCCGAGUUUGUCGUGGAAGGAUCUUGCUUGGUUCCAAUCUGUGACCAAGAUGCCGAUUGUGCUGAAGGGUGUGCAGCGUGCUGAAGAUGUCAUCAAGGCCGUUGAGUAUGGCUGCCAGGGUGUGGUCCUCUCCAAUCACGGUGGUCGUCAACUCGAAUAUGCACGUCCUGCGAUUGAAGUCUUGAUUGAAGUUAUGGAUGCAUUGCGCGCUCGUGGCUGGCAGGAUAAAAUUGAAGUGUAUGUUGAUGGUGGUAUUCGUCGUGCAACGGAUAUGCUCAAGGCCAUUUGUCUCGGCGCAAAGGGUGUUGGGCUCGGCAGACCUUUCCUGUAUGCCAUGUCGGCAUACGGACAACCAGGUGUCGAGCGUGCCAUGCAGUUGCUCAAGGAUGAGAUGGUCAUGAACAUGCGACUCAUUGGCGCGACCAAGAUUUCAGACUUGGACCCGACCAUGUUGGAUGUGCGCAGUGCGCAUCUGCAUGGUGUCAACACGCCAUUUGACUCGUUGUCCGAUGCAGUGUAUGAUCGCUUGACUAUCCCAAAGAGCAAGCUUUAGACUGGUUUCUUUCACAAGAUUGCUUCGUUAA